AGCUGACCUGAGCCGAGUAUCCUUUUGCUUGAAUCAACGUGAAAACUGUGUUCGAAAUUUUGCUCGCCGGAAAAUCCCGAAAUUGAGCGUAAAAAUCAACUGAUUCCGUGCUAAAGUAGUGAAAUUACGUGCCGGGCAUCGUUCCGCGUCGAAAUAAGGUGAAAGUCCAUCAUUUGAAGUGUGAUUUCAUGUGGAAAAAGUGAUUGGAACCGAUCGAAUCGGUGUCUGCCUCUUCUUCUUGGUGUUUAUUGACUUCAGUUCGUUGAGUUGAGGUUAUGUUCGCGCGUUUUCAUUAUUGACAGUUUCGCGAGAGAAAGUGGCGACGGAGCAAAAAUCAAAACAAAAGUGAUAUCUAUUCAGAAGCUUUGAAGCGAAUUUUCGGAAAUCGACCAUGUUUGGCCCCAAGCAGGGAGGAUUCGGCCAAACGAGUGCUGCCGGGGGAUUUGGCAGCACAUUCGGAAGCACCACAGCCACGGCCAGUCCAUUCGGGCAGACGAGUACCUUUGGGAAGCCUGCGACGACUGGGGCCUUCGGGGCUACGCCCACUUUUGGCCAACAGGCGACGCCUUCGCUCUUCGGACAAACGCAACCCGCCGCAGGUGGACUGUUCGGGGCGAGUACCACGGCGGCACCGGCUUUCGGCGCUCCGGCAACUACCCAAUCUGGAUUCGGAGCAUUCGGCCAGCCGCAGCAGCAAACCACUUCUCUGUUCGGAACGCAGAAUAAUACGGCCCCGAGUACGUCCCUGUUCGGCACUAACAACAACAAUUCGGCAUUCGGAGCGGCCAAACCGGCCGGAUUUGGAGGUUUCGGACAACCCGCGGCGCAGACUUCGCUUUUUGGCCAGGCAAGCACCAGUCAAACCACGACCGGAGGAUUCUUCGGCCAAACGGCACAGAGUGGGGGACUGUUCGGAGCGCAGAAGCCAGCUUUUGGAGGAGUAGCUCCGAUUGGCGCCGGAAAUGGAACGGCGGUGGCCAAAUAUCAGCAAACGGCAUCGACGGACACGUUGGUCAAGAAUGGCCAAACGACCACCGUUCAGACCAAGCAGCACUGCAUCACUUUCAUGAAGGAGUAUGAGAAUAAGUCGGUUGAGGAGCUGAGGAUUGAGGAUUACCAAGCAAACCGGAAGGGACCUCAAGCAGGGGCAGCCGGAGGAUUCUUCGGAGCACAACCGGCGCCCACACCAUUUGGGGCACAAGCGACACAACCCCAGUCACUAUUCGGACAGACUACGACGUCUCAGCCGAGCACGGGCCUUUUCGGAAGCACCACCAAUACCUUUGGACAGACUACGGCACCGGCCUUCGGAGCGACCCAAGCAACUGCAUUUGGGAAGUCUUUUGGGGCUACGGCCACAACCACCAGCUUCGGAUUCGGCCAGACCAACACCAGCACUUUGGGAGGCCUGACAGCUAACAAGCCAGCCUUCGGAACGUCAACCACCGGAUUGUUCGGUCAAACGGCAACUCCGGCUACGAACACCUUUGGACAGUCCACUUUCGGCGGAUUCGGAGCCCAGAGUCAACCCCAGCCUGCCGGAGGAUUGUUCUCAGGAACCACCACAAGCACUGCUGGAGGAACCGCCUUCGGAGGAUUAGGAACGCAAACCACCCAGACCGGAUUCGGGUUCGGAUCUACCACGGCAACCAACACCACCGGAGGCGGUCUAUUCGGUGCCAAGCCCGCGAGCACCUUCGGAGCCAUCCAAAGUCCAUUCGGACAAACUCCCGCCUCAACGGCGCCAACUUUCGGAGGCUUCGGAACGGCCACCAACACCGGAGGUUCCCUAUUCGGAAGUACCUUCAACAAACAGCCAGCUCCAGCGUUCGGACUGAACACGGCCACCUCAACGGGUACCUUCGGAGGCGGCUUGAACUUCGGCACCGGUUCCGGAUCCCUGUUCGGAAACACAGCGAACAAACCUGGCGGUCUUGGCACUGGAACCGGCCUGUUUGGUAAUACUUCCACUCUCGGCGCAGGAACUGGCGGCUUUGGAACCCUCGGAGGCGGAGGAUUCGGCGCAGGGCUUGGAACCAACACCGGAAUGGGAAUGGCUGGCCAGCCAACCCAAGCCUCAGUUCCCAUCCACCAGCAGAUCCUCGCCAUGGUCACUUCCCCGUACGGCGACAAUCCCAUCUUCAAAGACAUCAAACCCUUGACCGGAGCCACGGCCGAAUCCCUCAAACCGACCAACCCUACAGCCCAGAAAGCCAUCCUCGAGGGCGCCAACCAACAGUUCAAGGUCUCGCCCAAAGUCGCCGGAAGUGGCGUUCGGGUGAAACCCGUCGGGGCGGCCACCCUCUCCAAGAAAUCCCUAUUCGAAGGCCUCGAAGAGUACGACAGCACCCUGGAGGAAUCCUUCUCCCUCAAACCGAACGCCAAGCGACUCAUCAUCAAACCAAAGGUGUCCACCCCAACCAUCACGAUUCAGAACCGAGCCGCCCCUCAGCAAACUUCCGGUAACGAUUCCACCGCCAAGGACGAUCCAGUCGCCAAAGAGUCCUUCCACAACCAGAUCCCGCUGAACCCGAUCGAGGUCCCAUCAUCCGCCCAGGACACCAGCCGUCGCGUUUCCUGGCUACAGUCGAACGCCCUGGACAAAGUCCGGCAAAGCAAUCGCCUCUCGGAGUCGGUGCUGGACACCACAAUCAAGGAAUUCGCCCCAUCAUCGGCCGCCCAAUCCGCGGCGUCGUCCUCUGCCGCCAAGGAUCCCAACAUCUCGCUGGACUCCAGCUCUUCACCAACGGGCUCCACCGGUUCCCAACCAGCCGGAAAACCGGACACGGCCGGGCGAGUGGCUAGCAGUGGAAGUUCGCCGAUUAACAUGAAUGAUUCGCUGCUGUCGUCGAGCAAUCGGUCGUUUCUGAAUGACACCACGGCCAAUGCCACCGGGAUGGGGGAUCUGUCGCUGAUGUCCAAUAGCAUCCAGGAGGAGGCGGAACCGCACCCGACCGGGAUCGUGCUGCGUAGACCGGGCUACUACACCAUCCCGACGUUGGACGAAAUCCUGCAGCUGAUGGACGCGGACGGCCGUUGCGUUGUGCCGAACUUCACCAUCGGACGGAAAGGCUACGGCAACGUGUACUUCAACGAACCGAUCGAUGUGGCCAACCUGAACCUGGACGAAAUUGUCCACUUCCGCCACAAGGAGGUGAUCAUCUAUCCGGACGAUGAGAACAAGCCCCCGGUGGGACAGGGCCUGAACCGGAAGGCCCAGAUCACGCUGGACCAGGUGUGGCCGCACGACAAGGCACUGCAUGAACCGAUCAAGGAUCCGCACCGGCUGGCGCUGAUGGAUUACGAAGGAAAGCUUCGGAGGGUGUGCGAUAAGCACGAUACCCGGUUCUUGGAGUAUAGACCGGACACUGGAAGCUGGGUGUUCAAAGUUGAGCACUUCUCCAAGUAUGGGUUGAGCGACAGUGAUGAGGAUGAGGCCCCGGUCGAUCCGAAAAAGGCGAAAAUGACAGGAGAGGAUAAGCUCGGCAAAGAGAAAGGAGUUAUUCCGAAGAAACCGUUGAUGAAUCGAGAGAAAGUCAUGGGUCAAGAAGAUCUUAGCUACUCGAUGAUGACGCACGAAAGCCUGGCGCCAACUAGUCCGACCGCCGCUUUGGCCCUUGGCAUGGGAACCGAUUCGCACAAACUGCAACUGAUGAAGGCUUCUUUCUUCGUGGAUGACGAUUUCGACAGGAGAUCCAUCAUAUCGGACAUGACCGACGGCGGGAGGGACAGUCCCGACCAGAUGGUUCCCAACAAGCCGUAUUUUGGUCUUGGCAGGACCCUCACAAGCAGUUUGUAUAUGCGAGGUGAAUCACCCAAAGUGGUGGAAGCGGAAUCCAUGCAGAUGGAUGACUUCGGAGCUCCUCCGACCCUGUUCACCACCUCAACGAGUAAGAAUUUCCAGGAUCAACAGAAACUCAAACAUGGGCUCAUCACGGAAAUCCCUCGUCCCAUUGGACCAAAGUCACUUCCCCUGAUCCUGAAGCCCAAGGUGGAACUGGUCCACUCGAAUAACAUCGUAAUCCCUCUCCACAAAUCCGUACUAGCCCGCUUCCUGAACAACAAAUCCGACCUGGCCUACUUCCACGGCCGCAAGUUCAAGGUCGGCUGGAGUUUCCCAUCUUCGCUGGUCCAGUUGAACACGGUCGAAAACUGCACCACCCUGAAGAAGGACGAAGUGAUGCCCAUUGGUGAUCUGCACCGAUUCUUCGCAGGCCGCACAGGCAAAGACUUCUCCACGGCAGCACUACAGAUGCUCCGCAUCAGGUCGUCGGCGGAGAUUCCCGAGUUUGCCAAAACCGUCGAGGAUCACCUGAGGAUCCAGCUGAAGUACGACGACGUACGAAAGGUUCCUGGAAGCGACUGUCCCCAUUACGUGGCUGGGGGAAAACAUGCCGCGCUUGCGGACCACCUGGAGAUGGCCCGGUUGAUUGCCACCGGAGGAGACUUCGAAGCUCUGUGCGUCGAAGUAUGGUCGCUCUGUGCCGCUCUGUGGGGAGCCCGCGAAGAGCUGGAGGACGUCGAAGAAACCGCCCACAUGAGCAUCAUGUUCCGACGCGAUCUCUUCUCCGAGUGGAUUGAAGAAGUCGUCACGGAUCUCUCCGCCAAGGAAGUGACAGCUGCCCUCAAAGGCAAGAAGCAGGAAUAUCUCGAUCAACUUCUUGAACUGAUCUGCACUCACAAGGUCCUGGAUGCCUGCGAGUUGGCUUUCGAAAACAACGACAUCAACCUUUCGAUGCUGUUGGCGCAGGUCUCCGGAGGCCCAACCGUUCGACAGCUGGUCCAGCACCAGUUGAGCUCUUGGCAAGACGUAGAGGCGGACAAAUUCAUCGACCCCCGUCGGCUGAAGAUGUUCAUGUUGAUCGCGGGAAUCCCUCUUCUGUCCUCCACCCACGGAGCAAUCAACAUCUUCGAAAAGCUUGGUUGGCUAAAAUCGCUCGCCCUUCAUCUAUGGUACCUUUGUUCCCCAACCGCUUCUAUCACCGAUGCCCUUAUCAACUACGAAAAAUCCUUCGAAUCCAGUGAAUUCUUCGCCCUUCCGCCAUCCCCAGCCUACACCUCCCGCGUCAAACUCGACAGCUCCAAACCCAUCCAGGACAUCCGGUUCCACCUGCUAAAACUCUACUCCAAGCGUUCCCACCCGUUGGAAUCCCUCUUGAACCCCGCCACUCACACACCAGAUCCCCUAGAUUUCCGUCUAUCGUGGUUCCUGCUCCAGAUCCUGGAAACGCUCGGCUACCGCCACUGUUCGGAACUGUCCCGCAGUCAACUGCACGUUUCGUUCGCCAGCCAGCUAGAGAACCACGGCCUGUGGCACUGGUCGAUCUACGUUCUGCUCCACCUGAACGACCAAUCGCGGCGCGAGCUGGCCAUCCAGGAUCUGCUCUAUCGCUACAUCCAGCUGACGUCCGCAACCCUGGGAGACGAUGAACAGGACGAGGAGUACCUCCAGCGGGAACGGUUCGUCGUCAACGAGCUGGGCAUCCCGGAGAGUUGGAUCUUCUGGGCCAAGGCCGUCCGGGCGGGGGCGCAGUUCGACUACCACCAGCAGGCGCGCUUCCUGCUGAAGGCCAAACAGUGGUCCCAGGCGCACGAGGUCAUCAUGGAGCACAUCGCGGCGGAUUGCGUCAUCAAUGACGACAUCCCCUAUCUGAAGUCUCUGCUGAACGACUUCGAAGACGUUAAACAAAUCUCCAACUGGUCCAUCAAGGGUCAAAUCCUGAAAGACUUCAUCGAGUUGAACGAAAAGUUCGACCUGAUCCGGGACGCAAUCGACGACGAGGUGGCCGAGGCGCGGCUCGAGGAGCUCAAGCCCAAACUGUCCGACCUGUGCUCGGUGAUCAAAAUGUUCCCCUGCCCGACGCCGAAGCAUCGCCUCUGCCAGAGCGAAAUCGCCCAACGGCUAGCGUACCUGAUAAGGUCGUUCUUCGCGCAGGAUCCCCGCAUCAACAGCUGUGCGCUGAUGAGGAGCGCGCUGGAGAAGCUUCCGCUGCCGCAGGAGUACGCCAAGGAGGAACUGCGGCACAUGUUGAGCGCGUUUCUGGUGGAGGACCUCCGGAAGCAGCAGUAACCGAACCUGCAGGGUGAAUUUUAAUCCUAGGAAUCACAUCGACUAUCGUGAAAGAAGACAACUAAAUUAUGCAAGAGUUUAAUAGAACAGAGUAUUUUCUAGCAACACCUAUAAUCUUAUUCAUUUGUUGAGCAACAAUAUAGAUAACUACAACUACACUACAGCUAUGCAACUGGUUAUUGAUUUACAAGCACGUUUAUAACUUUAACAGAAAACGGGACAGUCUAACUAUGUAUUAUCUAAUAAUUUCUUCCUAAACGUACAACAGUUGAAGACGAUUUAAAGUUUAGCAGUUUCAUUAUAAAAAAGGGUUAUCGGUUCGUUUGUGUUAUGUCUGCGAGAUAUCCUAUCUUUGGAAAGCAAGAAAGUACUUCGGGAGUGUGUAAACAACAGCAAGUUAUAGUUGAGUUUUUGAGUUUUUAGCUUUAAGCCUAAGCGUUAAGAGAAUUUGGAGCUAUGAAAUCCAAACUAAAAUCUAUACAACCAAGAAAA